AUUAUUAGGAUUUUGAGUAAUUGUUGGCGUGACGUGGAAACGGCAAUGAAUGGGAUAGUAAGGCUUCCUCAUCAACAUCACCAUUCUUUUCCUGUGCGACUGCCGCCUAAUAGUUGUCUUUCAAUUUCAUCAUCCACCCACACUUAUACUUCCGACACCGGAAAUGGCAGCAUACAGAGCCUCAAGUCCGCCGGCGUUGAUACCUUUAAGUGGCGUCUGGUUAUAGCUUAUGACGGCACCCGUUAUUCCGGUUGGCAAUUUCAGAGCUCCCCUCCUACGGUUCAGUGCUUUCUGGAAAAUGCGUUAGUUGGAGUGACUCAUCUAGAUCGGAAGGAUCUUCUGUUAGUUGGUGCUAGCCGGACUGAUGCUGGUGUUCAUGCCUUUGGUCAGGUUGCCCACUUUGUUACACCUUUCAAUUACGACACCUUGGAUAGCUUCCAUGCUGCUCUCAACGGUCUCCUUCCUCCAGAUAUCCGAAUUCGAGAAAUCAGCCCUGCACUUCCUCAAUUCCAUGCUCGAUUCUCUGCCAUGAGCAAGGUCUAUCACUAUAAGAUUUAUAACGAUACCUUGAUGGAUCCGUUUCAACGCCAUUACGCAUAUCAUUGCGCUUACAGACUCAAUGCUGCUGCUAUGAGAGAAGCUGCCGAGCAUUUUGUUGGAACCCAUGAUUUCUCUGCUUUUGCCAAUGCUUCCCGAAAGGACGGACUGCCCAAUCCAGUGAAGACCAUUUUUCGUUUUGAUGUUAUCCAAAUGGGAGCCAUGAUACAGUUAGAAGUUGAAGGCACAGGUUUCUUGUAUAGACAAGUGCGCAACAUGGUUGCUUUGCUUAUUCAAAUCGGAAAAGAAGCAAUUCCUCCAGAAAUUGUGCCGAUAAUUUUGGCAACUCGGGAUCGCAGAGAGCUGGCAAAAUAUGGGUUCUUUAUGCCGCCUCAUGGCCUCUGCCUUAUGAAUAUAAACUAUAAUGAAGACCACCUUAAGCUUCCCUCACCUUGUCCUGCUAUUAGCUUUGGUAGGUAUUAUACUAUAACCAAAUGUAAACUUCCAUUUUAUUAAGCCGCUAUGCUCUCCCUCUUCUAUUUC